UAGGUUUCUGCUGUGAUAAAUUGAAGCUGUAAUAUACUGUGGCUUGUACAUUUUCAUAACUACAGGUUAGGCAAGUUGUGUCACUCACUAGGCAUCUUGGUAUUUGUUUGAAAGUACAUAGUUCUUCCUCCUAUACUUUGAUCCAGCAAAACAACUCUUGCCUCAACUUUUAUCAGGAAUGUUCUCUAGUUGUUUUUAAUGCUUUUGCAUGUAUGAUUAAUUUAAGCUUUCAAAAUGAUUAGAAAAUUUUAUAUUGUCUUGCUUUUGUCAUGUGUGACUCUGGGAGAACCAGCGAAAUAAUUUCUUAGUUUUCUGAAUAUAGAGAAGACUGAAAUGCUGUUCUUCCCAAAGACAGAAGAAACAGUUGUUGUCGGAUCAAGUUACAAAGAUAAAUGGCCCAGCUCCAGCUACCUCUUUGUGCAGUUAGAAGAUCCUAAAAUGCUCUAGGUGGUGAACUUGACCAAGACCUUCUCAGAUGCUACAAACUUUAUCAUAAAGCUAGUGACAGAGGAAGAAGGGAAGACAAAUUAGGCCAUUCAUCUGGAUUCUGAAGGUAGGCAAAAAAGACUCAUUGAAGAAAUAAAGAAUGUCAGGGUCAAAGUGCUCAAACAAAGACAAGACAGUCUUUUCCAGGCAUCACUGCAUAUGGAUAGAAAUAUCCUAAUACUUAUUCUGCCAAAGAUACUGUUAAAUAAAUGUGCAUUUGGUUGCAAAAUUGAAUUGCGUGUGUUUCAAACAGCAUGGAAGAGACCUUUGCCAGUUAUUCUGGGGGCAGUUACACAGUUUUUUCUUAUGCCAUUUUGUGGAUUUCUUUUGACUCAGAUUUUGGCAUUGCCUGAGGCACAGGCAUUUAGAUUUGUAAUGACCUGCACAUGCCCAAGAGGGGGUGGGGGCUAUCUGUUUGCUCUGCUUCCAGAAGGAGAUAUCACUUUGGCUAUUUUGAUUACUUGCACAUCAAUGGUCUUGGCCCUUAUAAUGAUACCAGACAAUUCUUACCUGUACAGUAGGAUAUUAGGGUUAUCUGGUACAUUCCAUAUUCCUGUUUUCAUAAUUAUGUCACCAUUCCUCUUCAUACUUAUACCUAUAUUGGCUGGAAUAGUCAAGCGUAGAAUACCUGAAAAAGCAAACAUCCUAGAGAUAAUCAUUAGACCUCUGAGCUUUAUUUUAAUGUCUGUAGGGAUUUAUUUGAUGUUCAGAAUGGGAUUAAGGUUUCUAAAAACAGUUAACUUAGAGGUGCUUCUGUUAGGUAUCUUAGUUCCUGCUUUGGGUUUUCUGUUUGGGUACUCCUUUGCUAAAAUAUCUAGGUUGCCCCUUCCUGUGUGUAAAACUGUGUACACUAUCAAUAGUGGGAUGCUAAGUAGCUUCUUGGCUCUGGCCAUUAUCGAGCUCUCUCGUUCCCAGUCCAAGGCAGACUUAGCUUCUGUGGCUCCUUUUACAGUGGCCAUGUAUUCUGGAUGUGAAAUGUUACUGAUCCCCCUGUUCUACAAGGCUAAGAAAAGAUGCAUCUUUAUCACAGAAUAUAAAAGAAAAAAAUUCCCCUCAUGUAACAAUCAAAGCAUGACGAUUACUACCCUAAAUGAAGUACUAUGGGAGAUUCAAAGAAUAUCUAAAAUAAUGCCUGCUCUCAACCCCCUUAUGAUCUGA